GCUCUAGUCUCAGCUGGCCUCCCUCCUCUGCGCUGCUUUGCUGGUAUGGCUGAAUCUCCUCUUAACCACUCCUGGCCAUCUUUCUCCAAACUCUGGAUGAAGAGAUGGUCGUUCAAGAGAGCAUCUGAGUGCAAACCAUGUAGUCAGCCCUGUGGUUCUGGUUCUCCUGGGACUCAACAAGGUGUCCCGCGUCCCAGUGGGACAGGGUCUUCUUCAUCACUUUCACCCGCCUCAAUACCUGAGGAUGUCUUCUUUGGUAGGAAUAAUGACCAGGAUACAUGUUCAGUAGUCAGUGACUACGACUGCCCCUUUGCAGAGGUGAACAACAGUUUGGAGGACCUGCUGGGCCUCAGCUCUUCUCUACAAGACUCUGAAUACUUUAAAGACCUAGAGGGAGGGAUACCAGCUUCACAGCCAGCUUCACCACCUGCUGCAGCCACAGUAACCACAGUGCCACAAGGCCAACCUCUCACUGUUGACCUACAGGUGUCUUCAGACACAGACAGUUCUGCUGUCAACCAUACUGUACAGACUCCUUUGACCACACAUGUUCCUCAGGGAAAUGAACCACCGUACACCACUUAUACACACCAAGUGGAGGAUCUCCAGCACAACUUUGUUGUCACUCAGCUAAGUCCUGAAUUACUGCCAGGCUGCAUCAUUGACAGUGGUAACUCCUCAGGCCCUGCAGUGGGACUUAAUUUGACGAUAAAUCUGAAUGGACUAUUGGGGUCAAUGGAGACUGAAAAAACAAAAACAGAACUGGAGGAAAUUAAGGAUGAACCCGCUAUGGAUUUUGGUGGAGAACCAGACCUUGACAGCUUUCCUAUUCUGGUCCGAUCCAUGUCAACAUCUCGGAGGCACAGCUGGGGUGUCCCUGUGUCCCCGAUUAACCUGGGGAGGAGACUGAGUUUGGACACCAUGAACAUGGACAGCGAUGGAGAGAGGGAUGAUAAUGAAGAGGGACAGAAGAGCCUCUUCCAGGCAAGCCAGCAGGAGACAUUCAACUGUACAGCAUGUCCUGAAGAUGAGAUGGAUGGCCCCAGACAGAGGGUCCCCUGUUCCAGAGCCAGGGCCAGUUGCAUGCCUGGCAGGCAUCUGUACUCGCGUUCGGAAAUUCUUGCCACAGACGAAUGUUCCCGUGCUGCACACAUUUCUCGAGUCGUCCAGACCUCCAAACAAGCCGCCAGGGCAGCAGGAGCAGAGGAGUUUGACCCAGAGGAAAACCUUCAUUCUACCGAGGGACAAAGCCAUAUGCUGAUGGUACAGAAAGUUCUGCAGGAGCUAAAGCUGUACCAUGGAGCAAAGCAGAGGAACAGCAGAUCAGAAACCAAAGAUUCAGGAAAUGUCACCUGGUAUGAGUUCCUCUCUAAUGAAAACGAGGAAGAGGAGGAUCGCAUAGAGAAGGUGGAGAAAGGCACAAAGGUGAAGAGGACGCUCAGCUCCCUGAGGAACCGCAUGACUGGCUCCUUUAAUAAAGAUAAGGGUAAGAACAGAGAAAAAGAGCAGUCAAAAGAAAAAGGGAAGGAAAAGGAGAGAGAGACCAAAGACAAAAUGUGCAGCAGUAACAGCCAUUUUUUGGUACCGGGUGCUUUCUCCAGCUGUGCCACCUGCUCACUGUGCAGCAAGACCCUGCAGAAAAAGCAUGGCCUGCAGUGCAUGAAUUGUGCUGUGAACGUUCACAAGAGCUGCAAAUCUCUGCUGGGGGAGUGCACCAGCAGCAAGAAUAAGAGAGAGACUCUGCCAAGAGGUGGCUCAUCAGGAUCUCCAAACCUUGCGCUGAAAGACCGUGACAGAGACCGGGAGCAGCCAGGCGUAGCCUCGUCACAGGCCCUGAAUGGCCACCCAGGUGUUCUCAGCGCCCCAGGCAUGACCAUUAGUCAGUGGGGACCAAGCACUCAGCCGACUGCUGCCCAUAACACCACCUCCUCCGCAGCCCUUUCCUCCAGCCUUGGCCACAGCCUCCGUCACCACAACAGCUCAGGAUCCCUCCCCGGGGAGAUGGAUGAGACAGAUGCUCUCCGCUCAAAACGUUGUAAUGAAGACGCCAUUUCCCUUGCUCCCUCCACCACCGAGUCUAUUAUUGUUGAAGAUGCUCAUUAUACAGCAGUGCGGGCUGAUCUGGAGUCUGAUGCUCUGGACCUGGAGGCAGAGUCAUGGAGUUUGGCAGUUGACCAGCAGUAUAUGAAGAAGCACUCUAAAGAAAUGGUGAAAAGACAGGAUGUGAUAUAUGAGCUGAUGCAGACAGAGAUGCACCAUGUGCGAACGUUAAAGAUAAUGCAGCGUGUGUACGUCCGAGAACUGAAGGAAAACCUCCAGUUGGACUCUGGUAGGCUGGAGUGUCUGUUCCCCCGCUUGGAAAGUCUCCUCGAGCUUCACACACAUUUCCUGUCACGUCUCAAAGAGCGACAACGAGAAAACCUCGUCUCACCAAACGAGAGAAACUACACCAUCAACAGAGUGGCAGACAUUCUGAUUGCACAGUUCUCAGGUGAAGUAGGAGAAAGGAUGAAGGACAGCUAUGGAGAUUUCUGCAGUCACCACACUGAAGCUGUCAGCUACUACAAAGAGCAGCUACAAAACAACAAAAAGUUCCAAAACAUCAUACGAAAAAUAAACAACUUGUCCAUUGUGCGGAGGUUAGGAGUGACUGAGUGUAUUCUGUUGGUGACGCAGCGCAUAACCAAGUACCCAGUACUAGUGGAGCGCAUUCUGCUUAACACUGAAGCUGGUACAGAGGAGCACGAGGAUCUGAUUCGGGCGUUAUGUCUGAUCAAAGACACCAUCGUUCAGGUUGACGCACUGGUUAAUCUUCAUGAGAAGAAUUCUCGUCUCCGAGAAAUACACAACAAGAUGGAGCCAAAGGCACUAGGAAAAAUCAAAGAUGGCCGAGUGUUCCGCAGGGAGGACCUGGCACAGGGCCGGAGACGGCUUCUGCAUGACGGCACAGUCAACUGGAAAGCUGCUUCAGGCAGACUCAAAGAUAUUCUUGCGGUGCUUCUGUCAGAUGUUUUAAUCUUGUUGCAAGAAAAGGAUCAGAGAUAUGUAUUUGCUACAGUUGAUAACAAGCCAUCAGUGAUCUCUCUUCAGAAGCUGAUUGUCAGGGAAGUGGCCCAUGAGGAGAAAGCCAUGUUUCUUAUCUGUGCCUCCUCAAACGAACCAGAGAUGUAUGAGAUCCACACCACCUCUAAAGAGGAGCGGAACAGUUGGAUGACGCAAAUACGGCAAGCUGUUGAGAGUUGUCCUCACACUGAAGAGAGGCUGUUCAGUGAGCAGGAAGAGGCACGAGCUUCCAGAUUGAAAGAAUUUCAAGAGCGGCUUAGCCAAAAGGAUGCAGUGAUUGUCCAGGCUCUCACUGAGAAGCUUCAGCUGUUUGCUGAUAUGGCUGAGUCUGUGGCAGGUUUAGAGGACACAGCUUCACGCUCCAGACUCCUGCUUAGAGGAGAUGCCUCAGAUCUCCAGCAGGGGGAGACCUUGCUCAAAGGAGCUAUCACUGAGGUUGAAAACCUCCAGAACCUGCUGCAGUCUGGUGUGAGGGAAGGGUCCCCAACCCCCCGUCUGGAUGAAGGGAGCGGCUCUGGGGUUCUGCCCAGGAGAGCGGACACAUUUGGGGGCUAUGACAGCAGUCCCACCAUCCUCAGUAAGAAUGGCAGCUUGAAGAAGAACUUUUCUGGCGAGUCCAGAAACAGAGAGAGAAGCCAGAGAGCCAGCUCUGACCCUCAGCUCAAAGACCUUUGUGGCAGCCACACCCUGGAGCAGACGGUUGAUGAAACUUGCUGCUCUCCUGCCAGAUGGAAUCACAUCUGGUCCAACUCCUUCCCUGAGGCUGAGUUCUUUGACAGAGUGCUGAUGCUCUCCCAAAGGCUCUAUAGUCUACAGGCAAUAAUAUCACAGCAGGACAGCCACAUUGAGCUUCAGCGGGCUUCGUUAACCGAGCGGGCCUCCCUGCCUGGCCGCCACAGAGGAAACGUACUUCUGGAGCAGGAGAAACAGCGGACUCUGGCCCUGCAGAGAGAAGAGCUGGCUAGCUUCCAUAAGCUGCAGUCUCAGCACCGGCAGGAGCAGCAACGCUGGGAGAGAGAGAGAGAGAGGCACCGGCAGCAAGUGGAGGCCACGGAAGCCAGACUCCGACAGAGGGAGGAGGAGUGCAGGCGGCUGGAGGAGCAUCUGGCAGAAGAAAGGAGGGAGCUGGAGAGUCAGAGGGAGACAUACCAGCAGGACCUGGAGAGACUGAGAGAGUCCACCAGAGCUGUGGAGAAAGAGAAGGAACGCCUGGAACACCAGAAGAAGAUCAAGAGGAAGACUAUUGAGGUGGCUCCGCUCUCUGGCAGUCUAAAUGGGGAGCUCCUCAUGUCCUCUGGUCUUGCCUCUUCCACUAGCGUCUCAGACCUGCCUCUUCCACAGAAGCCGCUGGUGCGUGCCAGCCUUUCUGUGGCACCAGCUGACUACCCAGAGCGCCCUGAGGUGAUGUUGCGCAGGGAUGGGAGCUCCUCCACCCUGCCACUGAAGACAGAGGUACCACUCCAUCUCUUUAGCACCACCAACCAGCUGCAUAAACCAGUGGGGGUGCAGCAGCAGAUCCCCACCAAGCUGGCAGCCUUCAGCAGCGGAAAAGGAAAAGGAGGAAAGAUUGGCAAAGCCUCUCAUCGCACUGACAGCACUGCCUCAGUGGAUAUGAAGCAGAUGCUGCCGCUAAAGCUGUCCACCAGAGAUGACAACACUCUGAAGGCCAAGCGCUCCAUCAGCCCCCAUCAGCAGCCGCCUCUGUCAGCCCCUCCUCAGCCUCACUCUCUCCUUCACUUCACAGAUCAACUCAGUCCUCCAGACAGCGCUGGACCAGACACCCUUUUCACCUCCUCCAUCAGCUCGUCCUUCCCUUCAAAUGUUCAGAAGCUCCCUUUACCCCCCACACAGCCCCACCCUCAGCCCUCUGUGCAGCCUCCCAGCAUCCCUUCGCCCCACUCCCAGAGCACCGGGUCCCUCCAGUUCCAGAACAAUCUGCAGCCACAGGGCCUCGGUCCAAACAGCCAGGCUCACAUCCAGGGGAACAUUCAUGGGCUCACCCACAGCCACAGCAUGCCGCCACCCUAUAAGAUCAACACAGAGGACCUCAACAAGGAGGACGUCAUCUUCUUCUAAAUCUCUGAUGAACCAGUCAGCACCAAAAUGAAAGAGUUAGGGGUCUUUGCUGCUUCAAGAGUGUCCUUUUUCAAGGAGUUCUUACCAGGGAUCAUAUGAUGUUGAUGGUUCAUCAGUGUCUGCAGGUGCAGAGAUGUUGAAACUUAAAAUUUAUAAUAUUGGUACCUAGUUGCAGCAAUCCACAAAAGAGCACAAAGCCUCAGACAGGGACUUUUUUGGAAAAGAAUAAUUGUUGAUCAAGAAAUAUAACAUUUCUAUUUAAACAUCUUUGUUUUUAACCUGCCUCAGCGUUUACCAUUAUCUGAAAAUACAACAAGUAAGAAGAGGAAACCUUUGGCAAAACAGUGGCGUCAUGAGGGUGGUUGAAAAGUUUCAAGCUAACCUUUAUCAAUCCAAAGAUGUUAGCCAUGAAGACUGAAGAGUAGAUGUCUUAGGAUCAAAAUGAAGGGGAGUUUUCAAUUAUGUUAAGGUCACACGAAAAGUGAAAGGCUCAUGUGGGCCCUUGGCAUCACUUUACUCUUGACCUGCAACCAUGAGAGAUGAUUCAACAGCAGCCCAGAAAAAAUCUAAAUCUUCACAUAGUGACGCUCUGCUUGGUGUUUCAUUUGCACAGUGUAAAUACUUCUAAGCUUAUGACUAAACUUUUAUGGACUAAAUGUGUGCUUCUUGAUCAUACUUAUGUUACAGAAGGCUGGAUAGGAGGAAUACAUUUCACUGGGAAAUGUGACUGAGCAGCACAAUAGAAACAUUUUUAUACAGGCUGUUACGAUGAUAAAUUUCAAGUAAGGGAAUUGCUCUAAGUCUUUACAAUCCCUCUACUAUCUCAAGUGAUAAAUCUUUGAGAAACAUAUCGAUUGCUGUUUUAGUGAAACUAUUGUACUGUACAAUUCAUGACAUUUCAUGCUGUUGAUUAUUUUGAUCAGAUAUUUUAACAUUUCACAACUUCAGCAGACGAGAUAAAAGUUGGGCUAAAAACUUAAAAAAAUUUAUAUAUAAUGUUUUUUUUAUUCAGAGUUGAUUUGGACUUGAAAUUUCACAAUCAUUUAUAGUAUUAAAACAAAUCAAAUCAUUUAAGUUCUGAUUUAUAAACAUAUGAGAUCGUGCAGAUGAUGACUGCAUACUUCAACGUGCAGAUAAGAGAACAGUGUUUAACUGUUGAUUUGAAUAUUGGUGUUUGUUACCCAGAUGGAAAAUGCUGUGGAUCCUAGAGGGGUCAGGCUGUAGAUCGUACAUUUCUGACUGCCACUUUCACAGACCGUUCAUCUGAGACGCUGUAUAUCUCAGAAAGAAAGUGCCGUUGUUUGCCGUUACAACACAUUUCCACUUUGAGAUUUUUCUAAAAAUUUAACUUUAUUCAUAAACAAAGUCUGGCAGUAACAUUCAUGAAAUAACCCCAUGGCAAACAUUACAGACUAGCGACAUUUCAUGGAUAAAACAGAGGAAAAGGUCAGACAUCUAAUAUGGGAUUAAAUUAUGUAUAGACCUGUUUAGUAGUUGUUCCACAGAAUGGUUGCUCACUUUAUCUCUGUCAGCUUAUCUUAAGUUAACAUAACAAUGCUAGCUACAACAAUAACGACUCAAUAAACCAAUGUAGCUAAAUUGGCUUUAGCAACGUGAGCUUCAGCAAAUGUUGCUAAAGCUAACUUAGCUACACAGAUUACAUAGCUUACAUAGCUACUUUGUUAACUUAGCUUUAGCUGUGUAGUUCCAUUAUCAUAGCAAAGUUACCUUUAGCAGUGUGAGCUUUAGCAAAUGAAGCUAAAACUAAUGUAGCUAUGUAGCUUAUAUAGCUGCUUUGUUAGCUUAGCUUUAGCAAUGUAAGCUUUAGUAAAUGUAGCUAAAACUAAUGUAGCUAUGCAGAAAACAUUGAUAUUUUGCCUACAUUGCUGCUUUGUGAGCUUAGCUUUUGCUACUUUACCUAUGUAGCUUCAUUAUCUAUAGCUAAGUUAGCUUAAGUAAUUUGAGCUUUGGCAGACGUAGCUAAAGCUAACUUGGCUACAUAGAUAAUGUAGAUAUGUAGAUUAUGUAGCCGCUUUGUGAGCUUACCUUUAGCACUUUUAGCUCCAGUAGCUACGUAACUACAGCUAACAGAACUGGCUGUGUUGGAAUGUUUUCAUGGAGGACAAGCAUUUUUGCUGUGAACGGACUAAACAGUCUGCUUACAGCAAAAAAAACAUUUUAUAUUCAAGGUUUAUAAUAUUCAUAAGGUUUUUGUCUUUUAUCUUUUGGAAUCCUAACCUCUGCCUCAGUCUUUACCAUAACCCCAAACAGAGAUUAAACCUGAUUUUAUUUAGAAAGUUUUAGUGUUUAUUUCGGUUCUGAGAUCUACGGCGUCUCAGAUGAAUGGUUGUAAGAGUGGCCAUCAGAAAUGAACAGGCUACAGCCAGACUGUCUGAGAGGAUUCUCCAGUUCAUGUUACUUUAGUCCUGUUUUUCACUCAAGUUAGGAAGUGAAAGGUUCAUUUGAGAGCUUAUGUCUCUGGACUACAUGAAGCUGGUUAUAAAUGAAACAUAGUUUCAUUAUCUGCUGGUAUGUCUUGAUAUAUUUUUGAAAAUGUCAGAUUUAAUUGACAUUUUGUAUUAUUAACUGCUGAUUAUUAGCUGGGUCUUACUUUCUGACAGAGGAGUGGUACUGUGACCAGUGCAGUGAUCCUGCACUGUUGUCUUAAAUUUAAAUGUAUUUCUUUGUUCAAGAAUUACAGCAAUGUCUGUCUCUUUUUUUUCUCAGCUCGUUUAUACACUAGAACUCUUGAUGUACAUCAGGUACACUUUUGUGUCUGUAGAGGGAACAACGUCAGAAGAGCUUUUCAUCUUUGACCAAAUAAGCUGGUCUCUGAGUCUAAGAUCACUUGCUGGAGUUUUAACAGGUUUUUUGAGUGUUUCUGUAUACUAUGUAUAUUGUUGUACAUACUGUAUGUGUUAUCAUCUGCACCGACUGUCCUCAAACCUUCCUUGUAUUAUAAGUAGAAAUAUUUGAUGUGAAUCAAGAUGCAAAAGGCUGCCAAAAGUCAUUCUGUGCAUACUUGUAAAUACGUUUUGAAAUACACACAUGGGUGUGUAUGCACGAUAAGGUACGCCUCGCUUGGCUAGAACUGUGGCAGAUGAAUGACACACAAUCAGUCAUUAGUUUUGUUUAAAAGAACUGAAAACAAAGUUGUGCAUAUUUAAUCUUUUGACACAUGUCGAUGUUGUAGCAUUGAAGUGGAGGGGCACCGUGUGAUGUCUUUCUCGCAGUUCAUGAUUGAUGUCUCACCAUGAUUAUGUAGCAGUCGUGAAAACUAAAUAAUCUGUUUCACUUGGUUAAACCAAAGAUGCAUCUGGCUGACCAGGUUCCUGUCUCUGCUGUCAUAUGAUGGAUGAAUGACACUGAGCUGGUUUUGUGGUCAUACACAAAAUGUUGUUGCUUUUAAAAGCAUCUUCCAGAGAGUCUCAACAAGGGUUUUUAACAGAAGCUUGUAGUCCAGAUCUAACUUUUAGGGUCUGAUGUUUCUUUUUCUCAUCACAAAUAUUUAUUUGUGUCUUUAAAUACCUUUAAAUUCCUGUAUCACCAUCUUUUAAACACAUCAGGAGAAGAAUUAUAUGAACAUAUUUGGUGGUUUCAGAUGGUGAAAACAGUAAAACUGUGUCUUAAUUUAAACAAAACAAAAACAGUCCCAACUCAAGGUUCCAUUAAAUGUUGUUUUUCCAGAGCUUUCAGUGUUGUCAUACAUCCUGUAAGAACAGUGUAGUUGGUGCUCAACUUAGGGGCAAACUGGUAGAACAAGUCUUAAAAGUGCUGUUAAAGCAAACAGUAUGCCUUUCUUUUAUUCCAUUAAAAUUUGGCAUCUCCUAAAGAGGGUCAAGGGAUGUAAGUGAAAGCUUCUGAAAAAAGCCAUUUAAUAGAGUCUGUUUGGGUAAAUUGUCAACAUAUAUCUGUUUAGGUCCAUUCUCCUGCAUUCACAUCUGCCUCCUUUAAUCAGAGAAAAUGGGAAAACUGCUGUAUGAGCACUUCAGGUCUACAUGUAUAAGAUGCGGUAAACACCAGUGGUACAUUCGGCCUGUUGAUGCCACUGUUUGGAUCCACUCAAGUCUUAAAGUGUUUUUCAGUUGUAAAACUUGGAAGCCAGCCAGUCGUAUCUCGUCUUGUACCUCUGUGUGCAUGUUUUUGUGCAUGCUUGCCAAGAAAAAAAAUUUCUAGAGAAUCAUUCACGACCAACUUGUUUCCUUUUGUUUAAGAGACACUCAUACAACCAUGUUGGACCUGUAAUUUGUAAAUAAUCAUGGACUUGUUUGAUUUCCUCGGCCAAUUUUACACUAGUCACUUUGGAUAGUAGCAUACUUGAAGAGGAAAAUGAAUGUUUAUAAUGCUUAUUAUUAUUGUCUGUGAACUUUUAUUUACCAAGAGCUGUCUAAUGACGUUUGUAGCACACAGCAAAACUGAUUUUUGUACUUUUAUUUUAUUCACUGCAAGAUGUUAGAACAACCUGUGGACGCAAACUGCUGCCUUAGAGAGAGUUUAGUAAUAAAAAUCGUCUUUAAAUUA